UCUUCACAUUUUAUUCGUCAGCAAUCGUCAAAUGCCCAUUUCAUGAAAACGAGAAUGACACGCUUUAGCUAAUUUUCCCCGCCCAGAUCAGAUCAGAUCCACAUGUACUAACUUACCAAGCACGUGAGUCGUAAAUUUGAGGACUGUACAUGAAUGUAUUUCGGGGCACCUUCUUUUCAGGAAAAAGGUAACAGAGUGGACUUCGCAGAGGUCGAGUAUCGAAUGCUUGAAUUCCUCGCGCUGUCUGAAACUCGCACGAAUGCGCAGUGAGCGCAAACGAGCUGCUCCGCUCGCGCUUGGUCCCGAUUCUCGAUUCUUGUCGACUCUGCGUUUCGUGCAGUGGUUUCUGUAGGCGACUGGAAUUCCAUGCUUGAGUGUGUUCGUUGGGAGUAGAGGAGGGAGAGGGCUCACGACACCUGGACGAUGGAAGGUGGUGCUGCCUCAGGAUCGGGCAUGACGAUGGAAACAUUCCAUGAAUGCUGCGGUAGCUCUGCAUUCGCAUCCGAGAUGAUGAGAAGAAUGCCAUUUACUUCACUCGAGCACGCCGUCGACACAGCUCGGAUUGUCUGGUGGAAUGAGGUGAAUGUGCUCGGGUGGUUGGAGGCCUUCGCUGCACAUCCACGUAUUGGAGAUGUCGAGGCUUUGAGGAAGAAGUUUCCGUCUGACAAAGGGUGGACUGCUGGGGAGCAGUCAUCAGCUUUGGCCACUGCCAACGAGCAAGUCUUGCAGGAAUUGGCAGAGUGGAACAAGCUUUAUGAAGCAAAGUUUGGAUUCAUUUUUCUCAUAUGUGCAACGGGGAAACCUAUUCAUGAAAUACUUGCAGCAUUGAAGAAACGUUUCACCAACUUAGCAAUUGACGAGCUGAGAAUAGCAGCACAAGAGCAACAAAAGAUCACAGAAUUGCGUCUCGCCAAAUUGAACAUUUGGCGCAGCAAAGAAUCUGGAGUAGCAACUGAUCUCUUAAGCGAUAUGAACAUCAAAGAUGCAGCUAAAGUUGAGUCUGCUUUGCGGCCUCCUAUCACGACACACGUUUUGGAUGUCUCUCUCGGUAAACCGGGAGCCGGAAUUGAUGUGAAACUAGAGCGCUCUAUAGAAGGAGCAAACAAUCUCUGGGAGUUCAUCGGCACAUCUGCCACAGAUUCAGAUGGUCGUGCAGGUCCAUUGAUGGAAAAGUCGAAUCGUAUCCAAGCUGGAACAUAUCGUUUGACCUUUGAAACUGGGAACUAUCUAUCAAAGACUGAAAAAGUAGCUGCUUCCGGUAAAGGUAAAUCUGUCUUCUAUCCUUUCGUCCACGUUGUCUUUCAAGUGCAACCGCAUCAAGUUUUCGAGCACUUUCAUGUGCCAUUGUUGUUCUCUCCGUACUCAUACACAACUUACAGGGGAAGUUGAGUUAGAUAGUGCGAGAGGUUUCAGACCUCAGCCACUAAUUUGCCGUGCAUCUUACUCACUUAUACCAAGCAACUAAUAUAGUUGCAGUGUCGAAAAUUGUAUAGACUUGCAUCAGUGUUUUUAGUUUAACAUUUCAACUUCGAGAAGGUUCAAUGGUGUAUUACACAGCAUCCGAGCUGCGCAAAUAUGUGAAUAUUAUGCAAUGUACAGUAGUGAUGGUCUUCGUAUGACCUUGAGCCUUGAGAAUAAUAAGGUUAUGGAACAAUAGAUGUAAUCAGUACGAGGGAAGUGUUGGAGUUAUUUUUAUAUUCUCCGCAAAACUGUCCAUAUGUAAGGAUCGAUAUU